AUGUAGGUAGAUUAAAAUUGGAUUAAGGAAGAAUACAAUUAAAUUAAGGAAGAAAAUAAUUAAAUUAAGAAAGAAAAUAAGAAUAUAUAAGAAUAAAUGGAUAUUUUGAUCAAACAGGAUCGGCUUUAAAUAGAUUUAUCAUUAAAAGAUCUAGAUAAACCAGAAAAUUAACAUUAAAAAACUUACUAUAGAUCUUUAUUUUGGAGACUGUUUAAUUAUUUAUCAGCUAUGUCACAAAUUGCUACAGAUUUAUAUAAGAUAAACACCAAUGCAAUAAUUGAAAGUAACUCAGAAAAGGUCUUACAAAUAGUAUAAAAAUGUUUCAAUGUUGGAGCAGUAGUUUCUGGGCUAAUUCCUGUUGUUGGAGAUGUUUUUGGGAUAAUUAAUGCUUUGCUUGAUUCUGCAAUUGAUACAAAGAAUGAGAAUAAGUUUAACAGAAGAUUAAGACUUCUCAAUGAAAUUUUAUAAUUAUUUGCAGUGAAUCCAAGUUAGUUAGAAAUAGAGGUUCAAAUGACAGCAAUUUUAUUAGGAAAACAGCAAUUACCUAAUAUUAAAGAGAGAAAAAGAACAGAAUUUAGUUAGAGAGUAGAUAAACUAAUAGUAGAAGAAAGUGGUUCUUCAAAGGAUAUUUAUUGGAUCUAAGGAACAGAAGAUGCUUUAAUCAUCUUAAAAUAUUUAGAAAAAAACUAGGAGUAGAUAUUAAAGCAACCAUAAAAAAAGCUAAGAGAGAUAUUUCAAGAUGCAGUUAAAUCAUAUUAGUAUAUCGCUCAAGCACCAAGAGGAGAGACAGGAUGUUCAUAGAUAUGUCAACUCAUAUGA